ACCGCAGAGUGUAGGCGCACGAAGAUGGCGGCCGUUGUUGAGAAUGUAGUCAAACUGCUAGGGGAGCAGUAUUAUAGGGAUGCUAUGGAGCAGUGCCACAACUACAAUGCACGACUCUGUGCUGAGAGGAGCGUCCGCAUGCCUUUUUUGGAUUCCCAGACUGGAGUCGCACAGAGCAACUGCUACAUUUGGAUGGAGAAGAGACACAGGGGCCCAGGCAUGGCCCCUGGACAGCUGUACACAUACCCUGCACGCAGGUGGCGGAAGAAACGUAGAGCACACCCUCCCGAAGACCCUCGCCUCUCGUUUCCUCCGCUGAAGUCAGAGCUGGACUUGGGCCUGAAGAAGGACUCUCUAGGCCCCACAGAUGGUAGCAGCCUUGAGGCUCUACUGAAGGGAGAACCCCUGGAUAAACGUACUGUCCCAGAACUCCGGGGUCCUGAGGAGGACCCGCUUCUGGCUGAGCUCACUGGGGGAGGCCUGAACCCUGCCACACGUGUCAGGAAGAGAAUAUUGGAGCCUGAUGACUUUUUGGAUGACCUAGAUGAUGAGGACUAUGAGGAAGAUACUCCCAAAAGAAGAGGGAAAGGAAAAGGAAAGGGUCGUGGAGUUAGCAGUGCUCGAAAGAAGCUGGAUGCUGCAGCAGCGCUGGAAGACAGGGACAAGCCAUAUGCCUGCGACAACACUUUCAAACAAAAGCAUAUUUCAAAACCUUCUGAACGAGUUUGUGGGAAGCGCUACAAGAACCGGCCAGGCCUGAGUUAUCACUACACACACUCUCACCUUGCGGAUGAGGAGGGCGAGGACAAGGAGGAGACUGAGCUUCAUGACCCAGCUCCGCCUCAGGUGGAGGAACCCAAAACACCCAAGAAGGGACCGGAUGGCCUGGCGCUACCCAAUAAUUACUGCGACUUCUGCCUGGGUGAUUCAAAGAUCAACCACAAGACAGGCCAGUCAGAGGAGCUUGUGUCAUGUUCUGACUGUGGGCGUUCAGGUCACCCAUCCUGUCUGCAGUUCACCCCGGUUAUGAUGGCCGCGGUGAAAACCUAUCGCUGGCAGUGUAUUGAGUGCAAGUGCUGCAACAUGUGCGGGACUUCGGAGAAUGAUGACCAGCUGCUCUUCUGUGAUGAUUGUGAUAGAGGUUACCACAUGUACUGUCUCAGCCCCCCAAUGGCUGAACCCCCAGAAGGAAGCUGGAGUUGCCAUUUAUGUCUGGACCUGUUGAAGGACAAGGCCUCUAUAUACCAGAACCAGAAUGCUCCCCCAUCAUGAUGGGUUCUUCCACUUAAGACCCUACAAUAAUUCCUUCUCCAGGCUCUCUCCCCAGUUUUUUUUUUUUUCCAACAUGAGACCCUUCACCCAUACCCCACUCAGCCCUUCACAAGAGGUAGAAUAAUGGAGGCCUAGUGGUAUGUUGGGAACCUCUGAAAAGGAAGCCAACUUGCCCUUGUCCCAUCCAUCCUCAGCCAUGUGCUGCCUCCUUUCUGGUUCGUUCCCACUAUGACUGUUACAAUAUUUGAAAUCCACAGCCUUUUCAACAGUUAGCUAGUCUAACAAGUAACCCUUAAGUGUACUGUUUAACUCUUUUUCUUUUUUUUUUUUUGUUUAUAUAAUUACUUUAUGAAAUAUCUGUCCAGUGGUUGCUUCACUAAAGUUUUUUUUUUUUUUUUUUUUCUCCCCUCUUCUCCUUCCCCGUUGUGUUGGAUCUAUACACGAUGUGGCAAUGCGUGUAUGUGCAUUUAAUGCAAACCUUCUUUGGCUAUACAGAUCCGUCCAUUUAGAGUAAAUAAGAGGAUUACAAGGUCUACACCUGCAACAGUUGUGAGCCAAACUAAGUGAUUAUAAAGGAAAAUUUAGCUUUUUGCUAAUUUCCAAAAGACACUUUGCUUCAGACAGCAGGUGUUGUUUGUAGAGGAGAAAUAGCAUGCCGGUUCUUGUUCAUAAUAAGCAGCGGUAGAUGUUUUGUAUUUAUAUACAUGUGUAGCAUUUAAAGGUGUGGAACUAUUUAAAAUCUGGAAGAACAUAAUUUGUUGGUUGUAUUUGUCUGUUCCUUGGCUCAAUUUACAAAGGAGAAAUCAGGUUUCACACCACAGAGAUUGAAGUGACCAGGAAAAUUCACAGAGGAGGUGACUUGUAUGAUCUACAUGACUUCUGUUCAUUUGUCAUGGUUUCCUGUCUUGCAUUUCCCACUACCUAGUUACAGGUAAAAUGCAGAUAGAUUGUAUUGGAAAGACCUCCUCAGAUUCAAAUACACAUCCCAAGUGUGUGUUAGUAACACUUAAUAUGAAAAUGAGUCUUUCAGAUUAGACAUUAUGAUAGAAGGCUCCCAUUUCUCAGAAGACUGUUCAUACCCUCUAUUAGGACUUCUUUUCAGAAGUUCAGUUGAUGAAAGGAUGUUAGAGAGCUUUCCUGACUUGUUUUCUAGAAACGAGCUAUGCAAGUUCAUUGUGGGAAACCAUACAGUUUCCAGGAAUUGGUUGUAAUUAAAUUUUGGAUGAGUAGCAUCUUCCACCUGAAAGCAGUGGAGUUAUAGUUCCGGUAGUUUUCAUUAUCUGUGUAACUUGCCGCACAGUUUUUAAUCUAAUAAAUACUUUCUUGCAAGUUGAAUCUUUAGUCCACAUAUAAAAUGUAGGGAUGGAAAAAGAAUGAAAGGACAGCAUAUCCUGAAUGCUUGAAUUUUUCAUAAAGAUUUUACUGUUUGUACUUGAGAAGCAGAGUAGUUUCAACUGUAUUGUCUCUCUACGUAGCGCCAGCAGAGGUCAGUGUUGAACUGGAAUUGCUGUCCUGAAUCUGAAUAUUAAUUUAUUGGUCCUCAGAUUCCAUAGCAAUUUGUUUUAGACGGCGCCCCCUGAUUUUUAUUUUUUCCUUUUAUCUUACCCUCAAAAACAAUGUAACAAAGUUUGAGCUAAACAGGAGCACUUACUGAAAAUCUGAGUAAUUACGCUUGUUUUCAAGUACCAUCUAAAUGUGCUUUUGUUGUGAUGACAAUGGACCGUUUUUAUUGUAGAUAUUGUAGAUUCCUCCUUAAACUUCAGGUAUGAGCUAUUACUUUUAAUGGCAAGAACUUGUCCUUAAAACAUCUGAAUAUUUAGAGAUGACAACUCUAUAUACUGUAUAUAUAGAGAUUUAACUUCUAGACAAGGAAAAUUUAUUUUAUAGCCACGUUCUUGAUAUUGAGUUACACGUUUUAGUUAACUCUUUUAGUUACCAAAUUGACUCUUCUGAACCUAUUGGUGUACAUACAACAUAUACAUACUGUAUAUUUCAGACCUUGUGGCUGGUCAACAAUGGCAUUCUCAAGGAGAUUUUGCAAUAUGGAUGCUCAGCUGAGAAUCACUAAACGUGUUCUAUGAGUGAAUGAAUGUUGAAAGUAAAGAUUUCCCCUUGUGUAAACUGGUGUCAUUUUCUGCAAGCAAGUAACCUGGAGAGCUUCUAUAAAAAUGGAUUUCUAACAGUUUUAUCCCCAGUAAUAACAGUAUUUCCAGAAGCCUUUGUCUAAUGACAGCACAAGGCACCACUGACUUUUUAUAUAGUUUAUGGUAACCAAGUGCAUGCACUUUUGCACACAUACAGACACGUCAUUAUGCUCUUCAGUUGUAUGAUGUACAUAUAUGUAUGGUUGGGAUAUUGAAGGUUUUGGGAAAAUUUCAGAUUAAUUUAGUUGAUUGUUUUAUCUAACCAUUAUUUCCUUAAGCAUUACAAAAGUAUAACCUUGUUUUUCUAUUUUUGUUAGAAACAGUUGAACAUUGUUUUGGUGUUUAAACUUUUCAUGUCUAGAUUAAUUUUUAAGGAGUUGUUGGGUUUUGGGAUGUUACUUUUGUGUUACAAGGUUUGUGGGGGUUUUUCUUUUUUUUUUUUUU